AUGGAUUACAGAUGGACAAUGGCCACUCGUUGAUUAUCAAAUUAUUGUGUUUUGUUUAUUGUCUUUUGCGGAGGUUGAAACACUGAUAAAGGAAAGACAAAACAAAAUUAUUUUGUUUAAUGCUUACUGCGACGUUGUUAUUCCGACAAUGACAAACUGACAUUUGACGACUGCUGACGGUUUAUACGUGUACCGAACGAGAUGCUACCAAUAAACGCAUAUCGUUAAGUCGCUACCUGUCACACUUCAAACUCCGUGGUAUUCUAUCUCGUUGUGGUGUUAGUGAUUUUGUUUUUUUUUAGUGAUGAAAGAUCGAGAAACCGCUCCAGGAGAUGGUAUUAGAUCUCUAAAAACGUCCAGAGUGUUCCGAAUCAUCAACUUCGAGCUCUAUUCAAAACCGAAUAAAGUGAUCAUGGCAUUAGGACUUGCAUCAAUAUCAUUCACAUUUGGUUACUUAGUGUAUAUGAGACAUCAGUAUGAAAAAAUGGGGUAUUAUCCAGCUGUUGCUGAAGAUGGUCACCAUGAAGUCUACAAGCAAAGACAAUCUAAAUGGGAUUGAAGAGUUUUAUUGAAUUUU